UCUCAGCAGCUGUGUCGGGCCCUCCCAUUGGGUGUUCAGUUUCUAGUUGCCAACAGUCGUCCCCGCGGUUCCGGGUUACAAAGUCUCUGGGCAGCCGCUGGACUCUCUUCUUCCCAGACCCCCGGGAUGCGGGUCGUGCGGCCGAGAACCCUCCUUCUGCUGCUGCCGGGUGCGCUGAUCCUCACUGAGACCUGGGCGGGCUCCCACUCCCUGAGGUAUUUCUACACCGCCGUGUCCCGGCCCGGCCUCGGGGAGCCCCGCUUCAUCUCCGUCGGCUACGUGGACGACACGCAGUUCGUGCGGUUCGACAGCGACGCCCCGGAUCCGAGGAUAGAGCCGCGGUCGCGGUGGGUGGAGCAGGAGGGGCCCGAGUAUUGGGAUCAGGAAACCCAAAGAACUAAGGACACCGCACAAUUUUUCCGAGUGUACCUGAACACCCUGCGCGGCUACUACAACCAGAGCGAGGCCGGGUCUCACACAGUCCAAGAGAUGUACGGCUGCGACGUGGGGUCGGACGGAGGUUUCCUGCGCGGGUAUGAUCAGUUAGCUUACGACGGCAGAGAUUACAUCGCCCUGAACGAGGACCUGCGCUCUUGGACCGCGGCGGACACGGCGGCUCAGGUCACGAAGCGCAAUGCUGAGGCGGCAGGUGAUGCGGCGCGUGUGAGGAUCUACCUGGAGGGCAAGUGCGUGGAGUGGCUCCGCAGAUACCUGGAGACCGGGAAUGACACGCUGCUGCACGCAAACCCUCCAAAGACACAUGUGGCCCAUCACCCUAUCUCUGACCGUGAGGUCACCUUGAGGUGCUGGGCCCUGGGCUUCUAUCCCGAUGAGAUCUCACUGACCUGGCAGCGUGACGGGGAGGACCAGACUCAGGACAUGGAGCUUGUGGAGACCAGGCCUUCAGGGGAUGGAACCUUCCAGAAGUGGGCAGCCCUGGUGGUGCCUUCUGGAGAAGAGCAGAGAUACACGUGCCGUGUGCAGCACGAGGGGCUACAGGAGCCCCUCACCCUGAGAUGGGAACCUCCUCAGCCUUCUGUUCCCAUCAUGGGCAUCAUUGUUGGCCUGGUUCUCCUCAUGGUCACUGGAGCUGUGGUAACUGGAGCUGUGACUUGGAGGAAGAAGCACUCAGGUGAAAAAGGACAGAUCUACAGCCAGGCUUCAAGCAGUGACAGUGACCAGGGCUCUGACGUGUCUCUCAUGGUUCCUAAAGUGUGAGACAGCUGCCUUGUGGGGACUGAGUGAUGCUUGGUCACAUUUUGUGACGUCAGAUACCCAGACCUGCAGCUGCAUCUGAAUGUGCCUGUGCUCCUAUUAGGGUAAUGUGAGGAGUUGGGGAGACGGCCCACUGCUCCACCUCCCCUGUGUUCUCUUCCCUCAUGCACAUUCCUGUUUCAGCAGAGACAGAGCUGGACCCUCUCCAUCGCUGUCUUUUCUCCACAUGCGCUGAGUAAAGAUGUCUUAUUUGUCUAUUGGCAAUAAAAUCUAUCUUGAAUUA